GAUGAGUAAGCAAGAGGAAGACUCAAAAUUAUAAUUAAUUGAAUCAGCGUUUGAAUGCAACAUAUGUUUAGAGAUAGCAACAGAGCCUAUCUUAACAAAUUGUGGACAUCUAUUUUGCUGGCCUUGUAUAUAUAGCGUAUAUAGAAAAAAAUAACAUAAUUAGUGGCUUAAUUCAAAUCAAGAAUUUCUAACAUGCCCAGUUUGUAAGAAUGGUUGCUCUAAAAAUUCUUUAAUUCCUUUAUAUUCAAAGGAUGAAACUAAAACUAAGUAUUUUCAUUUAGAAUAAUUAGCAAACCUCGCGAUCCUAACAUACCCCCAAGACCUAAACCAGGUAGAAACGAUCCAGUUAGAAAUACCAAUCAACUUGGCCAAAAUAAUUUGGCCAAUGGAGCCAUGAUUGCUGGUUAUGGAUUAUUUCCAUCUCUUUUUAAUCUUAUUUGUAUUAAAGAUGGUGAUAUUGAAAAAGAUGAAAGACAUGAAAGUAAUUAAGACCAAUAUUAUUUUUAGAUGAAGCAACUGUUGAAAUAGAGAAUGUGAGAAAACUUAAGGCCAUUUUGUAUUUGUUGAUUUUGUGUUUAAUAAUGAUGAUUGUGUUUUACUUUUGA